AUGGAGGCUUCCUUGGCCGCCGGCCCGGCGGGGCCCCGCUCGGCGGUGGAGAAGCUGUCGGCGGCGGUGGGCCAGCGCACCAAGGCGCUGAGCAGCGCCCUGCAGGAGUCGCACCGCCAGCGGCGCCUCCUGCUGGUGAUCGUGUGCGUGGCGCUGCUGCUGGACAACAUGCUCUACAUGGUGAUCGUGCCCAUCAUCCCGGACUACAUCGCCGCCAUGGGGCGCCAGCAGCAGCAGCAGCCCGCCGGGGCCGCCAACGGCAGCGCCGCGUGGCCCAACAGCACCAGCAAGAGGUCGAUGCUGCGGCCCCACUACCGGACCGACAACGAGGACGUCAAGAUCGGGGUGCUGUUCGCCUCCAAGGCCAUCCUGCAGCUGCUGGUCAACCCGCUGAGCGGCACCUUCAUCGACCGCGUGGGCUACGGCAUCCCGCUCUUCAUCGGCCUGAGCGUCAUGUUCCUCUCCACGCUCAUCUUCGCCUUCGCCGAGAACUACGGCACCCUCUUCGCGGCCCGCAGCCUGCAGGGCCUGGGCUCCGCCUUCGCCGACACGUCGGGGAUCGCCCUCAUCGCCGACAAGUACACGGAGGAGUCCGAGCGCAACCGGGCGCUGGGCAUCGCCUUGGCCUUCAUCUCCUUUGGCAGCCUGGCGGCGCCCCCUUUCGGAGGCAUCCUGUACCACUUUGCAGGCAAGGAGGUGCCCUUCCUGGUGCUGUCCUUGGUCUCCCUCGUGGACGGGCUCCUGCUGCUCUUAGCCAUCAAUCCCUUUGGGGACAGGACUCGGGAGAACAUGCCCGUGGGCACCCCCAUCCACAGACUCAUGAUCGACCCUUACAUUGCAGUCGUGGCCGGGGCCCUCACCACCUGCAACAUCCCCCUGGCCUUCCUGGAGCCCACCAUCUCCACCUGGAUGAGCAAGACCAUGGAUGCCAAUGAGUGGCAGAUGGGCCUCACGUGGCUGCCAGCCUUCUUCCCCCAUGUACUCGGGGUCUACAUCACCGUCAAGCUGGCCGACAAGUACCCCCACCUUCAAUGGUUCUAUGGAGCCCUGGGGCUGGCCACCAUCGGGGCCAGCUCGUGCAUGGUGCCUGCCUGCAGGAACUUCUGGCAGCUCAUGGUCCCCCUGUGUGGCAUCUGCUUUGGCAUUGCCCUGGUGGACACCGCCCUGCUGCCCACCCUCGCCUUCCUAGUUGACGUCCGAUACGUGUCGGUCUAUGGCAGCGUCUAUGCCAUCGCCGACAUCUCCUACUCGGUGGCAUACGCCCUGGGGCCCAUUGUGGCUGGGGAAAUUGUCCACUCUUUUGGCUUUGUGCAACUCAACUUAGGCAUGGGCCUCAUCAAUGUGCUUUAUGCCCCAGUCCUCCUCACCCUCAAAAACAUUUGCCAGGUGAAACCCUCGCAUUCGGAGAGAAACAUCCUCCUGGAUGAGGAACCCAAAGGACUCUAUGAUACCAUCAAGAUGGAAGAGCGCCGUGGCAAGGGUAGAAAUCUCCAACCUGCAGGGGGUGCUGAAGAGAAUAGUGUAGACUCUUGCCAUAGAGGCUUCAGAGGAGCUUCUGAAGACGACUCUUCAGACUAUGACUAUACUUAG